AUGGCCCAGUUUCUGAGGCCAAUGCCCUUGGUACCAAAUUCACCAUCCUUGUGCGUGACGGGAGUCACCGUACCAGCCAGUGUGCUUUCCUCCGGCGGAAGCCCAACUGUGUACGUGGUCACACCGACGUACAGGCGCGCGAACCAGGCCCCGGACAUGAUCAAGCUGUCACAGGCGCUCAUGUUGGCCAACGUUCCUAUUUUUUGGGUCGUCGUUGAGGACGCCGAUGGGCCAUCUGACUUGGUGCGAAACAUUAUGCGCCGCUCAAGACUGCCUGGCGUCCAGCUGUCCGGUCGAACUCCUCCGCAAUAUCGCCGACGAAAGUAUGGCAAAGGCGUUGCUCCUCGGUUGAGAGCAAUAGAGUGGUUGCGAGACAACGCCCUGUUGCCUUCUGUCCUAUACUUCGCCGACGACGACAACUCGUACGACCACCGCCUGUUUUCCCAGGUUGCCCGCGUUCAGCGUGUCGGCGUGCUGCCCGUCGGGCUUAUUGGCAAGUUCGGUGUUAGCUCCCCCGUGGUGUCACUGGAUGGCCGUGUGCUGGGCUUCCACGACGCGUACAAGCCCGAACGGCGCUUCGCCAUGGACAUGGCUGGAUUCGCAGUUAACAUGCGGCUCGUAAUGUCAACCGUGAACAUCACCCUGCCUUAUUUGCUAGGCCAGCUCGAGACUGCAUUUCUCGAGAGCCUGGGCGUCAAUAUAGACGAUUUAGAGCCGCUUGCCACUAACUGCACCGAGGUCGCUCUGGCAUGGGGUACCGACGAGGCUCGCGACGUUCCCGAGUGCUUCUCCGUGGUAGUGGCGGCUCUGGAACGGGACCCGAGCCUGGCAAGCCUGAGGAAGGUGUUGCGGUAG